AUGGGAGCUGGUCUCCCCGAACCCGAAGAAUCCUUUACUUUACCGGCACUCUCUACCGAAUUCGAUCAGCUCCUGAUGACCAGCGAUACAGGAUAUUCCUUCAAUCUUCUGCAACCAGUUCAUGGAGAAGCGGUGGGCCCGUCUAAUUCAUGGCAAGCAGGCAGAGAGGCCGCAGAUAUCGUGGGGCAGGAUACGUUUCAUCAGGUUCCAGGACUCGCUUAUACCACUUCAGGAGCUUCAUUUCAGCAACUUCAAGGUUCUGUAGGCGAUGCGCGGCCGGUCGCAGAUGCGGACCUCCAACGACACGUUCUGUUCGCCAUCCCUGGAUGCUUUCAGAUCGUCCUCGAAUUUGGGGGCGAUGCCCUGAGAAUCAACGAAGCGAUCCCACCUACUCACAAUUAA